GGGACAGGGCUAGGGACCUCCCUGUUGAGGGAGGCCUGGGCCUGGGCAGGACCGGCGCUGGGGGAGGCACGGGUGUGUGUAUGAUGUCCGACAGGCUCUCCCCUUAAAAGUCUGGGGCUGGCACCCGGGCCAGAAAGAAGUGCUGCUCAUUUUAUACCAGUCGUGAGCUCAGUGAAGUAACUGGAAAAGCAGCAAAGGCAAGGAGCAAGAUGAGACCUCGGCAGCAGGGCGCUGGGCUCGUGCCCGGGCUCGGGCUCGGACUCGGACGAGUCCUCCUGUUCUGGCUGCUGCUGCCCGCGGCGCCCGUGCCCAGGAUCCAGGCCCGGAGGUCCAAGGCCUCGAUGCCCUGCCCCGACGCGUGCGAGCCGACGCGCUGCCCCCCACUGCCGACCUGCUCGGCGGGUGCCGCGCCGGUGCUCGACCGCUGUCGGUGCUGCCGCGUGUGCCCCGCGGCGGAGGGCGACGCCUGCGUCAGGGCUCGGGGCCGGCCGUGCGCCGCGGGGCUGCGGUGCCUCCCAGCAUCUGGGCACGAGCGCGGGCAUGGCAUCUGCGGCUGCUCCGUGGAGGGCGCGGCCGUGUGCGGGAGCAACGGUCGCACCUACCCCAGCCUGUGCGCGCUCCGGGCGGAGAACCGCGCCGCGCGCGUCCAGGGCGCGCUCCCGGCCGUGCCUGUGCAGAAAGGUGCCUGCGGCGACCCAGGCACCCAAAGCGCAGGCUGGCUCCGGAGCAACUACAACUUCAUCGCUAUGGUGGUGGAGAAGGUGGCGCCUGCUGUGGUUCACUUGCAGCUGUUCCGCAGGUCACACCUCGGCAGCAAGGACAUCCUUGCAUCCAGUGGCUCUGGGUUCAUAGUGUCUGAGGAUGGGCUCAUUGUUACCAAUGCACAUGUGCUCACCAACCAGCAGCGGAUCCAGGUGGAGCUCCAGAGUGGGGUCCAGUAUGCAGCCACGGUCAAGGACAUUGACCAUAAAUUGGAUCUUGCACUAAUUAAGAUUGAACCAAAUAUUGACCUUCCUGUUCUGUUGCUGGGAAGAUCAUCUGAUCUUCGGGCUGGAGAGUUCGUGGUGGCCUUGGGCAGCCCAUUUUCUCUGCAGAACACAGUGACUGCAGGGAUCGUCAGUACCACUCAGCGAGGGGGCAAAGAGCUGGGGCUGAAGGAUUCAGACAUAGACUAUAUCCAGACUGAUGCCAUCAUUAAUCACGGGAAUUCUGGGGGGCCUCUGGUGAACUUGGAUGGUGAUGUGAUUGGCAUAAACACACUGAAGGUGACCGCAGGAAUCUCCUUUGCAAUUCCCUCAGAUCGAAUUCGCCAGUUCUUGGCAGAAUACCAUGAGCGCCAGUUGAAAGGCAAGGUUCCUUUGCAGAAGAAAUAUCUGGGUCUGCGAAUGCUGCCCCUCUCUUUGAACCUUCUUCAAGAAAUGAAAAGGCAAGAUCCAAAUUUCCCUGAUAUGAGUUCUGGGGUUUUUGUAUAUGAAGUGAUUCAAGGAACAGCUGCUGAGAGCUCUGGGUUGAGAGACCAUGAUGUAAUUGUCAGCAUCAAUGGGCAGCCUGUUUCCACCACAGCCGAUGUCACUGAAGCAGUUAAAGACAGUGAUUCCCUUUCCAUUAUUGUGCGUCGGGGGAGUCAAACCUUGUUUCUGACAGUCAUACCUGACAUAAUCAGUUAAGCAUCUUGCUUUAAAAGAUAUUUAACAAAACCAAAGUUUUAUUAUCUGAUUUGUAUUGAAGAUGUGCCACAGAUGGCAGGGGGUUUCUGGAGCUCUUUCUCAUUAAGAAAAAUGAUGUUUAAUUAAAUGCACACAUGCAGGGCUGGGCAUCACGAGGCUGGGGGAGCCACUCUGCUAUACAGUAGCCUUUCUAAGCCAAGUGGAAGGACAUUAUGCCAGGAAGUCUGGGAGUUGAUAAAAUUUUAUUUACAGAUAGGAGACAACUAAAAAAUAGGCACAGGUUCUAAUAAAACCUUGACAGAGACAUUUCAGUAUUUUAAGCCUUGUCUUAUAGCCACAAACUAGAUAUAACACACACAUAGACAAAUGCAUCUAUUUACCAAAUACUAAGAAACAACCUGAGUUCAGGGUGCAAAAUAUUUUAAUAUUACUCCUUUCUUUAGUCAGUUUUCCAGGUUGUAUCACAUUUGGCCAAAGUUUGUGGACAUAAUUUAGAAGUUAAAUUGAAACUUAAUAAUGGGGGAUUAUCACACAAGAAUAUUACUAAUGACUCUCAAAUUAUCCCUCUAGCAAUAGAAACAACUUUAGUUACCAACAGGGCUUCUAACUGAAAAGAUCUACAAAAUAGUUUCUUGAAAAUUUACAGACUUUUAAUUUUUUACUGGAGUUCUUCCUGCAAUAAUGAUUUCACAGUUCAUUUUUUUCAAGGAAAUAAAUAUCUUUCUUUCUUU